CAAGUCUUUCACGAAGCACGAUUCCUUAUUUAUCAAUGGAAUCUUUUCAUAGUUGGAGCAUAGAAAACCUGUUUACCACCUUCUAGAUAGGCGUUUGCACAUUAGAGCCCUGCAGACAUGAAAUAACACCCCUAGAUUGGCCUUUGCACAUUAGAGCCCUGCAGACAUGAAAUAACACCCCUAUAGUCACCUUUACGGUCAUAUUAGCCAAUAUCGUAGACCUACUCGGAUAGGAAUGUAGAUCGACCGACCGGUAAAUUGAGAGACAACAGACCAAUGAAGAGGCUGUAUCCCUUCAAUCUGCCUGUCCAUUAUACGUUCCAUCCUUCCCUCACUCGUGAACAAGGUGCGGGGGUCCUUAUACUCCUCCCAUGAUCCCUGAUCAGAGAUGGCACUCCACCCUUUUCCAGGUGAGGACCAUAGACUUGGACUUGGAGAUGCUGAUUUUCACUUUAGCCGCUACACACUCUACUGCGAACCGAUCAAGUGAGAGCUGAAGGUCAGGGCUGGAUGAAGCCAGCAGGUCCCAGACCAGCAGACCCAAUCCUGCAGCCACCAAGUGGAACCCCUCAAUGCUGUGGCUGUGCCUGGAAAUUGUAUUCCUAAAAAGAAUGAACAGAAUAGGUGACAAAGGGCAGCCCUGGGGGAGUUCAACCCUCACGCUGGCAAAGUUAAAAGAAGUUAUUUUAGUUGGAUGAAAUUCUUAAAUAAUUAUUUUACGAAAGGAUAUGCAAAUUAGACGACGACGUGCGCCACAGCCAAUCGCUACUUUACUUAUUGAAAGAUGAUUAGAUAAAAGAUAAAAGAUGAUUCUAUCGGUGUCGGAGCUGGGGUGGCCGACGUAGACGCCACACUGUUUCCCAAUGUAUAAACGAGGGGAAUUUACUUAAAUUUCUUUGUAGAAAGUCGCUUUAUCAAAGUAAGUACAUUUACUUGUACACAUCCAACAUUGCGGCGACGUCGACGUAUCGCAGCAGUGGACAAUACACUCAAUUCGGCGUAUACCUACUGUAUGUCUGCGGCGGCCGCCCCACAGAGCUUCAUUACGUAGAGCCGUACGUUUUUGUUGCCGCGAGUCCGUCAUCUUGUGUAGCACUACCUUGUUCGUUUGCGACUUUAGACGUUUUUACUGAUGGGUUCUGAAAUUCUGGACGCGAUAAGGCAUUAAAAUGCCCUACUGUGCGGCUGUAAAGUACCUAUAUACACUGCGAACACAAGUUGUGCUACACAAGAUGGCGGCGUCUGCACUGAAGCACUGAGCGGCGGCGACACCGCGCUCUGUGUGUUGUGUCCGGGUGUGAGCUUUCUACGUCUUUCUAUUUCUGUGGGCCACACCGCAGCCGGGUACGGGAGUCUUGUUUUACGUAUCACGGACUCGACAGUGCGGAAGUCCGUCAAUUGAGACGUUUCGCUUAUGUGUUUACGGUUGUUGUACCCACAAUGCAUUGCGGGGCGACAUCUGUGACACAGCUCUCUCACGUCACGAAAUAGGGACCGGUAGUUUGACGUGUACAGCGAGUAUUUAGAUCUCGCGAUGUCAACAAUGAACACGAACUGCGUGUUGCUUUGUGUAUUGUUACCAUAGCAACCGCGAAAGCCUUUUCAACAUGUCAGCACAAUCCAAAGAAAAGGAAGAUGAGGACUUUAAAUUGGAGGCAGGGACGUCCUCUACUGCUGGACCAUCUAGAGAAGGAGCCGUAGAGGACAUCCCAGAGACGGUGGAUGACUUUCUGAGGAACUUCCUGCACAGACUCGGCCUGAGACGGACGCAGGACUCUUUUGAGGUGGAGUGGUACGGCUGGGCUCACAAAGUCCUGACUGAACCCUUGUCCAUGGCUCCUCCGGCGGCGGGCGUUCUUUUCCUCCCCGAUGCCAUCACACACAAGCAGCUCCUUGAAACUGAACUGGAGAACGUCCUCAUGGACACCAAGCGCUUCAAGCAGGACGUCUUGUCUGCACGGGACAGCCUGGUGAGGAUGCAGAGGGACAGGGACCUGCACCAGCUGCACCACCGCCGAUGCUUGGAAGACACCAAACAUCUGCUGGAGGACAUAAAACGUCUGAAGAAGCGCCUGGAGUCUUAUGAGCCGGUGCUGAGACAUCUGGACGACAAGUACCAAGCCACCCUGAGGCAGAAGAUGCUUCUCAGUUUGGAGAGCCAACGGCUCCUGAACACCUCGGAAGCAAAGCUGAGUCAGGACCAAAGCAAGACGGAGAAAAGUGGCAAAAAGAGGAGCGGCACCCCCCGACACCCCAAGGACUCUGAGAUUCCGGUCUACGGCAGGCGCUUCCAUGGACAACAUCCACAAUACAAAAGAGCACAUUCCUUCAGUCUCUUGGGUUCCAUCAAAGCCCACCAUCUUCCCAUCAGCUCCAUCAGCCUCCAUCCUCAGAAAAACAUCCUUGCUUCCGCCAGCGACGACUGCAGCUGGAGGCUGUGGAUGCUGCCAGCCAGCAGAGAGAAGGUGGCCCAGAUGGUCCUGACGGGCGAGGGACACUCUGAUUGGCUGUCAGGCUGCAGUUUUCACCCGGAAGGAACCAAACUGGCAACAACCAGCGGAGACGCCACGGUGAGACUGUGGGACUUUUCUUGUGGACGCUGCGUGUUGACCCUUUCCGGUCACAGCCGUCCCACGUGGGGUUGCUCCUUCCACUCAUGCGGUGACUUCCUGGCGUCCUGCUCCUCCGACAAGACCGCCAAGCUGUGGGACCUCAACAGCCAGCGUUGUCGCCUCACGAUGCGCCGCCACAGCGCCUCUGUCAACAGCGUCUGCUUCCAGCACCUCUCCAACAAUGUCCUCACGUCCUCGGCGGACAAAAGUGUGGCCCUGUGGGACAUCAGGCUGGGGGUGUGCACCGCCUCCUUCCACGGACACCAGCAUCCCUGCAACCACGCCACCUUUGGCCUUGCUGAGGAAGUCAUGGCUUCCUGUGACACACGCGGGACGGUCAAUGUGUGGGACAUCAGGACACCCGCCUCGCCUGUCCGCACGAUAGACACCGGGCCGCUGAGCGCCAACCAGGUGGCCUUGAGUCCAUCAGGAAAGAUAUUGGCGGUGGCGAGCAGCGACGGUUUGGUUCGAUUGGUGGACGUGGAUUCCUACGUCGUCUGGAAGCUGCUGGGACACAAGGACAGCGUCAACACUAUCAUAUUUGACCACAAGGGGGAGACUGUCAUGUCAGCAGGGAGUGAUGGUCUCAUUAAUGUCUGCAUGUAACGCAACAUUUUAGUCUUAGUGUCAUUUCAAAAUAACCAUUUUACUCUUUGACUUUGUCCCAUAAAGCAUUGUGCUUUCAAGUUCCCACUUGACAUGUAGGACAUAUUUUGGAGUGUUUGUCAUGUGACAGUCAUGUGACUAUCCCAGGAUAAUGGCUUCCCUACAAUGGCUGUGUGCCAGGUGAGAUAGCAUAGUUUUUCCUGAUAAAUGCUCAUUUUAAAUCCAUUGAACAAUUGUACAGUAACUUUUCUUACUAUGGAAAUUUCAGCUCGUUUAGGAGAGCCAGUUCUUUUGGCUCCGCUCACUUUCGGCUCCUCAGAUAUUUUGGGUCUUUAUUACCAAAUUGUGUAUAAACAUGGUGUAAUUACUGAUGUAAAAAUACAUGCUAUCAAAUGUAGUUUAUUAUUGAAAUGCAUUUAAAGGUCAAUUAACAGCUAUAAAAGUAUAAUGUUAUAUUAUGAAAUACGAAAACAAAGACCCAUCUCAGUAGACAAGCUAGGUCAAAGUAGGUCUGACAACGUCAUGCUAGCUUCUAAACAAAAGAUUCAUCUAAGAGCAGCACGUGGUUAACCCCGCCCCCCACGCUGACACAUCUUGACCAAUGACGUUAGCCUUUAACAGAGAAAACGACAACGAAAAAAGUAAUCGACUCCCAUUUGGCGGCCAACGACGUGAACCGGCUCCUGUUGUUCAUUUCUUAGAGCCGAUUCGUUCGUGACCGAUAUAUUUAGAUUCGUUGUGGAAUCCACAAUGAAUUUAUGGAAUACAAAGCUAGGAAAAGGUCGACAUCAGGUUUUGAUUUGUUAAUAUCUUAUAGCUAAAAUAAAAUGAUAUUCCAUGUUUAUUUGUCCAGUAAGAUUUGUUUCAUUCUAGAUGUUUUAUAAAGUUAGUUUCUCACUCUAUUAAAAUGAACUCAAAUGGUGUUUAGGCAUAAUAAAACAUGUUGAGUGACCUGAAUUUGUAUCUUUGGUUAUUAAUAUUUUAUAACA